UUGGACCGUUGCAUCCUUUACUUUUAACACACAAAUAUAAAUGAGACUUCAUGCCUCACAAGCUUUUAGUUUGCUACUAACAAACAAGUAGGUAAAAAAAAGCUUCACAUUAAAAAGUUGCAGUGUCUUUGAUUUCAUUCUGAUUCAAGCAGCUAAAUAAGGUCGUAGUUAAGUAAAUGGGGUUGGUGUUUUGUAGGCUGGUGAACUGCAGGACAAAAUGUACUUGGUCAAAUAAAGACUAUGGGAGACAUCUGGCCACAGUGUCAUAAAUGCACAGGAUAAUAGCAGACUGGCAGCACCAUUAGCACAGAAGAAUAACGCAUGUUCUGUACUUCUGUAUAUACCGACAGGGUGCUGGAAGAGAUUGACUUAUUGAUAUUUGUAAGGAAAAACAACAAAACGCAUACGUUUAGUGUGUAUUCCACUUUGUUAGCAGAACACAAUAUCAAUCUUUAAUUUACUUCACAGGUGACAUGACAAGCUGACAAUUUUCUGACUUAAAUCUGUUUCAGCACCAAAGUAGAUUUAAAAGAAAAUGACUAAAGUAAACAGUUAAGUGUGUAUUAAGUUUUCUGUUGUCAUCAUGGAUAUUUCUUUAAAUGGGACCUACAACAUCUCCAGCUCAUAUAAAAAAAGUUAACAAUACUUUCAAAACCAUAUGCACAAGUUUUGUGUUUGGGAAAAAGCAUUUUGACUGAACCAUGUUAAUCCUGAAGCAUCCUUCUGGCUAAUGGAAGUAAUCAGCAGAAGUGAAAUCACCUGGGAAAAAAAACGGCAGUCUGUUUGAGGAGGUUUUACUUUCCGGCUCAGAUGGCUUCCAGGCCUGGCCAAAAGAGAGUUGGAAGACACUCAGAGUACUCAGACUCCUUUCUGCUCAGGGAUCCCAGCCCUCUGAAGGAGCUCUCUCACAGUGACUCCUGGUGGGCAGACAAGGAGGAGCACAGGGGGCACGAAGGCUCCCUGAGGGAGCAACUAAAGGAGAUGUCUGAGCACGUGGCCAGACUUCAGGACUCGCUGAGAUAUGAGAGGGCCAAGUGCACUCGUCUGCAGCUUCGAGGUAACCAGCAGGAAGCGGAGCUGAAGCGUCGAGAGCAGCAGACCAACCGACUGAAGGAGCGAGUGUCUCAGCUCACUGAACGACACCGAGAGAAGGGACCCUCCAUAGAUGUGUUGAACAUUCCCCCCGGAGGUCGAUGCAAAAGAGAACCACCAGUGAAAUCAUUCAGGUCCACUGCAAAACAAGAAGAGGCAACACUGCGUCUGAUGUUGGAGCGCAGAGAAGCUGAGCUCAGGGAGGCGAUGAAGCUGCGCCACAGCCUGACAACUUUACUUCAUGCACUCAGAGUCGACAUGGAGCAUAGCCUCCUGGACGUGCUCGAUGUUCAGGAGGAUUCUCAGACUGAAGACAAAAGGCUGGACCAGGCUGAGGGAGCACUGGGGGACCAUGUAACAGGAGGUGUGGUUCAGAGUUGGAGGCAGGUGCAGAGCAGACUGGCUGAAUUCUCAUCUGAAGUGUCUAUCACUUCAUUGUGUGUAGGCCACACUGGUGUUGGUACUGACCAUGAAAAGCUCUUGGCUCGACUGGACAGUGAACUAAAGGAGAGUCAACAGCUUGUAAGAAUACAGCAGCAGCUGCUACAGGACAGCUUUGUUUCCCCUAUCCCCUCUGAACUGGCUGAUUCCUAUUUUUUGGAAGAGUGGGAGCGUCUUCAGAUGCGCUGGGCAGAGCUCGAUCAUCAGAGGCGGACUUUUGAGAGGGAGAGGAAGUCCUUCACUGAAGCUGCCAUCCGACUGAGCCACGAGCGCUGCGAUUUUGAGCAACACAAGGCCUCUCUCCUGCAGCAGAAAUAUCUGUGUGAGCCACUUCGGUAUGGCAAAGGAGCUCCAACCAACAGUAGGACAGAGGGCAGUGCACUCAUGGUUCCAGAUUUCUGUAGCUUGGGGCCCACUGGCAUAUCUGGCUGUCUUCCUAUUACUCCAUCUCCCACCAAGUCGGGGACAGCCGCUCUUUAUGGAUCACAUCAGGGAAGAGUCACCGUUCACACCCCCAGCACUCCUGAGCUCUACUCUGCCCUCAAUCUGUCCUACAACUGCAGAUCCAGUGAGGUUGACCAUCAGUCGGAGACAUGGGACGGCCAGGCCGACACGAUGGUGCACACACUGCAGGUUCCUCAUACCGACUGGUCACUACAAUCUACUUUUGAUGAUAGGUGGUAACAUAUAAAACAUAUUGUAC